AUGGAAAUCGACGAGUUUACCGAAUUGAUAGAUCGAAUCGAAAAUUUUCUAUAUCCUGUAAAAUUCGGUGUGGCCAUUCCUGGAAUUCUCAUCAACAUUUUACAACUCUCAAUUUUAUGUCAAAAGUCUAUGAGAGGCUGUAGCGCAAGCUGUAUUCUAAUUGGAAUCGCUUUUAAUGACUUGAUAAGGUUAUCAGUGAUAGUUCGUGAUAAAAUUAGUCAGCUCUGGUUUCCCCCUUUUAUCUGCGAAAAAACAUCUGGAGAUGAGCUAUGGAUUCGUGAGCUUCAACGAGACAUUCUGGAGCAAACAUCCGUCUGGCUGGGAGUGUAUUUGGCACUUUUGAGGUUACUGAUUCUGAAAAAAUCAAGGCCUAAUCAAUGGAUAUCAAAACCAGCAUGUGGUUACUGUAUAGUCCUUUUUGUUUAUUCCAUUAGCAUCACGUUAUCUUCUCUUUUUUAUUUUAAAGUUAAUUUAGUGUUUUUCAACAAUCUCUCAAAGAAGACGAAAUGUCCUGUGGUCACGGAGAGACUUCUCGAAAAGCUGGAUACUAUGGAGUUGUUCAGUGGAGGAUCUCAGAUGUUGAUUAUUCUCAUUUAUCCGGUUUUAGCCGUUUCUCUGAUUUAUCUAAUCAAAAACUCCACUUCAGAUUUGGUUCUCAAAAGACGUUAUAGCGAACGAAUCCGCGCGGCAAAAAUGAUUUUAAUCAUGACAAUAUUCUACUUUAUCUGUUGUGCACCAUAUGGUAUCCUGGACUUUGUAAUUCUCCUAACCCCGGAAAAUCAAUAUUUAUGGGUUUUGAUAGACAAAGGAGGAGUAUUCACAACUAUUUUAUUUUGUCUGAACUCGAUUUCUCAUUGUUUUUUGAACUUUUCAAUGUCUUCAAGAUAUCGAGAAACUGCUAAACAAUUUGAUUUGAUAAGGUUAUCCGUUAUUGUUAUUGAUAAAAUUAAACCCAUCUGGUUUCCCCCUUUUAUCUGCGAAAAAACAUCUGGAGAUGAGCUAUGGAUUCGUGAGCUUCAACGAGACAUUCUGGAGCAAACAUCCGUCUGGCUGGGAGUGUAUUUGGCACUUUUGAGGUUACUGAUUCUGAAAAAAUCAAGGCCUAAUCAAUGGAUAUCAAAACCAGCAUGUGGUUACUGUAUAGUCCUUUUUGUUUAUUCCAUUAGCAUCACGUUAUCUUCUCUUUUUUAUUUUAAAGUUAAUUUUUCGUUUUUCAUUUUUGAAGAACUAGAAAUAAUGGAAUUGGUCAGUGGAGGAACUCAAUUGUUGAUUAUUCUCAUUCACCCGGUUUUAGCCAUUUCCUUGAUCUAUCUAAUACGAAAAUCUGCCAAAGAGUUGAUUCAGAAAAAUCUGCGUUUGAAAAGGCUCCACAUAGCGAAAAUGAUUUCCAUAAUGACAAUAUUCUACUUCAUCUAUUGUGCACCAUAUGGUAUCAUGGAUUUUUUGACGCUCAUCUUCCCGGACAACCAGUAUUUAUGGGUUCUGGUAGACAAAGGAGAAGUUUUUACAACUAUUUUAUUUUGUCUGAACUCGAUUUUUCAUGGUUUUUUGAAUUUUUCAAUGUCUUCAAAAUAUCGAGAAACUGGCAAAAAGUUAUAUGGUUUUCGGAAAUUUAGAAAAGUUGUAUCACAUACAGUAACUUGA